UAUUAUAAAAUUUAUAUGUAUGUACCUUCUUUUCCAUAUGCCUACUUAAGGGGGCAGCAGCUUUUAAAUUUUGAUGAAACACCCAAAUCAAAACAAAAACCUCUUUGUCCAAACCAAUACAUAUACUUCCACUUCCACACUUCUUUUCCUUUACUACAAGCACUUUUGUCUCAAAAAUAUCUCGUUAAUUCCUACAUACACAUCUUCAAAACAUUCUUACAUAAAUAUAUAUACAUACACUAUACAUACACUACUAGUAGUAAAUUUCUUUCUUUCUGUAAUUGCAUCUGCAUUUUACCAAUGGAAACUGCAGACAACUUGAGCCUUCGAGUUGCUUCGUUUUCGUACUAUCUCGAUACGGCGAAAGAUCACAGCUUACUACACAGAUCAGUUUCUUCUCAAGAAACUACUACUAAUCCAAUAUUAAUGACCUCAUCAUCAAACCCUACUAUGAUCAAACCACCUUUUACCAUCAAGUUUUCGAAACCGAAAGAAAUUAGCCAGUUGGAUCACACCGCAAGUAACAAUCUCCGCACCGACUCAUUUUCCUAUCGGAACACGUCGGCGGACAACAAGAACUUCGUGUUUGAAAAUCCGGGCCCGGUGAAAGAUCCCACGUCAUCGUUCGCAUUCUCGCAGCCGAACAAUAAAGACGGCGAGAUCGGCGUUUUCGGCGCCGACAGGUACUUCAACAUGAAGCUGGAGUACAAAACCGAGCCCGCUAAGAAGAAUAAUAAUACCCGCGGGCCCGAAAACCCGGCCCGAGUUGGAUCAAGCAUUCCUGCGAUCGGGCCGAGAACUCCGAGCCUGUCUUCCGAGGCGAGUAGCGCGUAUAAUUACCAAACAGCCCUUUUGCCAGCUGGCGUCGGCGGUCGUGAUCUCCAGAGGUACGGAUCUUCUGAUCAGGCGGCGAAGCACAACAAUAAGAGGGCAAUUGGGAGGAGGAUUUUCAACGGGUUCGGAUGCAAAGGCCCGUGUUUCGACAAGAAAUCCAUCCACAUCAUCAACGAAGCGGUUCCGGACGGGCCGUCGUCGUUAUACGGGCCGAAACCCGCUCGAAACGGGUCGGAAAGGAUAUCGAUUCCCGCCAUAAAGCCGGUCGAUAAAAAUCCGACAGCCAACAUUAAUAAGAAUAAUAGUACCAUCAAAGUUGUUCAAGAUGAUUUGGAUGAAUUAUCGAGAAACUCGAUCGAAGUGUUCGGAUCGAGCACGCAGAGCACAAAGGGAGAGGUAGCUACAAACAUGGAGAGAAAGCUGUCCAUGCUGACGUGGGAUGCAAUCCCCAUUAACAACAAAGGACAACUAUUAACACCACCUCCAGCUAAAAGUACUACCACUCUUGGCAGCAGCACUAUUAUAUGCGAUAAUGCUGACAUGGCGAGCGACGCCAGCUCAGAUUUAUUCGAGAUCGAGAACAUAUCCGGAUCGUCCGUUUUUCCGCUCGUCUUGACUUCCUCCUCGUCGGAGUUAUUACCGAGAGAGGAUCAAAUGAGUCCGAGAAUUUCUCAUUAUGCCCCUAGUGAGGCGAGUAUUCAGUGGAGCGUAGUCACUGCCAGCGCAGCCGAUUACUCGAUUCUUUCCGACUAUAAUAAUAAUAUUAAUAAUGAUGACAUGAGUGUGAGUGUUGCGGGCGAUUUGGUGACGAGGGCGGUCAAGACGAAAGGCGGCGGUCAAGGGGGGAAAUCGGAGGGGCAGAAGAGCCGGCCAGCUGGCGGGCUUUUGGGGUGCAAGAGCGAUAAAUCGGUGGAUGUUGCGGAGAAUGUAUUAUGCCAUAAGGCGAAUGAGAAGAUCACGAAGAACGUGGUCCCGGAUUCGAACGUGUCGUUUGGGAAGUCGGGUAGGGUUAAAGAUAUGGAUCAUGCCCUAAAGUCGCCGAGAUCUUUACCGAUGGUCAUUUAGCGCGCGGUUCGAUAUGGUGAUGCAUUUUGUUGUUUCUUUUAUGUUUUUUUAGUGUGUUGUUAAUGAUGUUUUGAUUGUACUUAAUUGUUGAGGUUUGAUGCAUGCUUAUAUAUCCUACUACUAUGUAAUAAUACAAGGCUUUUCAUA